AUGAAUGAACUGAACGAUUCUAAUAAUAUAAGGGUCUUCAAGAAGAGCUCUCCCAACGGCAAAAUAACCGUCUAUUUAGGAAAAAGAGAUUUUGUCGAUCACUUAACACAUGUCGAUCCAAUCGAUGGUGUUGUACUGAUAGAUCCGGAUUACUUAAAGGAUCGUAAAGUGUUUGGUCAUGUUUUGGCCGCUUUUCGAUACGGCAGAGAAGAUUUAGAUGUUUUAGGACUUACUUUUAGAAAAGAUCUGUAUUUGGCUUCCGAGCAAAUCUUUCCCUUCAAAGAAGAGUCCAAUUCCGCGAAGAGACCGCUCACUCGACUUCAGGAGAGACUUAUCAAAAAAUUAGGAUCAAAUGCUUUUCCAUUUUUCUUUGAGCUUCCACCCCACUGUCCGGCAUCAGUCACUCUACAACCAGCGCCCGGCGAUACAGGAAAGCCUUGUGGAGUAGAUUAUGAGCUUAAGGCAUAUGUGGCCGAAAAUGUGGACGAAAAGCCCCACAAAAGGAAUUCGGUUCGUCUGGCGAUCAGAAAAGUGGUUUACGCGCCAUCCAAACAGGGGGAACAGCCUUCCGUCGAAGUGAGCAAAGAGUUUAUGAUGUCUCCCAAUAAACUCCAUUUGGAGGCCUCCCUCGACAAGGAGCUCUACCAUCACGGAGAGAACAUCGCCGUCAAUGUCCACAUCGCCAACAGUUCCAACCGAACGGUCAAAAAAGUCAAAGUAUCUGUUCGUCAGUUCGCAGACAUCUGUUUGUUCUCAACCGCUCAAUACAAGUGCACCGUCGCUGAGAUCGAGAGCGAAGAUGGUUGCCCUAUAAGUCCGGGCUUUACGUUAUCUAAAGUCUAUUACUUAAGGCCUCUGUUGGCUAAUAAUAAAGACAAACGAGGCCUCGCUUUGGACGGUCAGCUCAAGCACGAGGACACUAACUUAGCCUCUUCUACAAUUGUCACAGAUCCGACUCAGAAGGAGAACUUAGGGAUAAUAGUUCAGUACAAGGUUAAGGUGAAGCUCUGUUUGGGACCAUUGGGCGGGGAUGUGGUCGCGGAACUGCCUUUUGUCUUAAUGCAUCCAAAGCCAGACGACAAUAAUAUCGGUAUCGCAUCGAAACCUAUAGACGCCAAUAAUUCUGACGGAGAGGUCAGUGCCCCGGACGGCCAGAAACCGACCACCGCUGAGCCAAACCUCAUACAACUCGAGACAGGAGUACACACGCGGAAAGUGGUGUUACACUAA